AUGAAAUUUUAUGCUGCAAAAUAUUAUAAGUGCAAUAUUAAAUUAAAAAUAGAUAGAGAUUUCCAAAUUAAGUAUUCAGCAAAUGGAAAAGACUAGCACAUAAUUAAACAAGACAAGCAAUAUUGUAAUAAGUGAAUAGAAAAACAGAUAAUGAAAUAAUGUAAAUGCAAAAAGAAUAUGAUUAAUUGAUAGGAUAAUUGGAAAAUGUGUUGGAGAAAAAGUUAAUUGAAUUAAAAGUGGAAGAAGAAUAACAUAAAGAAUUAGUUUUAAGAUAUGAUGAUAUAGUUGAAAAAAGAACUAUUGUAAAGCAUUGA